UUUUGUUGUUUUAUUUUUUUCUGGGCAGCCAUUGAAUUAUGCAAGCAGCAGUUAUCAGAGACAACAACAGAGAGUAAUCUAAACGGCCAAUCAGAAAGCCCUGAGGAGUCAUCAAGUGAUUUGCCUGUUUUAGAAGAAUUUAUUCCCAUCAAGAGGGCUUUACCUCAUUCUGAUUAUGAUGAUCAACAGCCCAAUAAUUCAAAGAUUGAUGCUGAUAAUUAUGUUUGUGAAAUAAGUGGUAAUAAUAUUGGUGAUAGUAAUAUCAAGAAAUCUGACUGGCUUAGAUCUGUCCAGCUCUGGAAUCAAAACCCUGAUCUUAAUUCCAAUGAGGAUUCACCAAGAAAAUGUGAGGUGAAGAAUGAUGGCAACAAGAAGGAAGAGAAAGAAGGGAAUUCUCGAAAGGCAAGGAGAUGUUGGUCGAAUGAGUUGCACCAGAAGUUCUUGCAAGCCCUUCGUCAACUCGGUGGUUCACAUCUUGCUACACCAAAACAAAUUAGGGAGUUGAUGAAAGUUGAUGGGCUGACAAAUGAUGAGGUUAAGAGUCAUUUGCAGAAAUAUCGUCUGCACACGAGAAGACCAAGCCCGCCCGUGCAUAAUACAACCACCAACUCUGCCGCCACUCAACCACCACAAUUCGUGGUGGUAGCCGGAGGCCUAUGGAUGCCGCCGCAUUAUACCUCUGCCGAAAUUAGCUAA